AUGAGAGAUUGGCUGUGGAUCCUGGCGAAAGUGAAGGACACUCCGUCCGUUCGGCGUGGAAUGACGCCCGCAGAAGAGGCCAGAAUCCGAAGAGAAGGGAUUAGGCUGAUAAUGGAAGUGGGAACUGGUGUGAGGGCCAAGGCCUGGCCCACCAUUGGAACUGCCUCGAUCUAUUUUCAUCGGUUCUAUAUGUUCCACUCGCUACAGGAAUUCCCACGUGAGAUGGUCGCCAUGGGCUGUUUAUUCCUUGCUGGUAAAGUUUCGGAAACUCCAAAAAAGUGCAAAGAUAUCGUGACUGCUGCUCAGAAUGUCUUCCCAACAGUUUAUGGAAACAAAAAUCGGAACACUUUCGUGGACGAAAUAAUGGGUAUCGAGCGUGUGCUGUUGCAGACUAUGAAAUUUGACCUCCAAGUUGAUUUGCCUUAUCAAUAUCUCAUUGAUUAUUCUAAGAAAUUCAAGCUCACUAAAACAGAGGUUGUCAACCUUCAGAUCAAUUCUCUUGUUCACACCUCAUGGACAUUUGUAAAUGAUAGCGCUUUUACGACAUUGUGCUUGAUAUGGGAGCCUCAGGUGAUCGCAGUAGCUCUUCUCCACCUUGCCAUCACCGUUCGUAAAGUCAACAUUGGCCUCCCAGAUUGUUGGUGGAAUGAAUACAUCGCGAAUUUGUCGAAUAGCCUCAUAGAUGACAUAUGCCAUAAGGUGCUCGACUUCUACUCCAUAUCCAAAGAAGAGAAAAUGGAUUUUAUGCCACCACGACCCUUUGUUCUCGGUCAAACCCCAAUUGUCCCUCCUAGCACUGGCACUUCUUCUUAA